CUGAGGGGAAAGGGGGGAAUGGACGCAGAGACACUCAGCAUCUGUAGCAAACGAUGAAGGUUGUGUCAGAUUAAACGGUUUUUGCUUUAAAAUAGGGGAAAAAGAAGAACGGCGGUCAUCAUGUAUGGUUUUGUGAAUCACGCCUUGGAGCUCCUCGUUUUAAGGAAUUAUGGCCCGGAAGUGUGGGAAGACAUCAAGAGGGAGGCUCAGCUUGAUAUUGAGGGUCAGUUUCUUGUUAGAAUCAUAUAUGAAGAUGCCAAAACAUACGAUCUAGUUGCGGCUGCCAGUAAAGUUCUCAAGAUCGAUGCUGGAGACAUCUUGCAGAUGUUUGGGAAAAUGUUUUUUGAAUUUUGCCAAGAGUCAGGAUAUGACACCAUCUUGCGAGUGUUAGGAUCAAACGUUCGUGAAUUCCUGCAGAAUUUGGAUGCUCUACAUGACCACCUGGGAACUAUUUAUCCCGGGAUGAGGGCUCCCUCAUUUCGCUGCACUGAUGCCGAGAAGGGAAACAAUCUGAUUCUUCACUACUACUCAGAGCGAGAAGGCUUGCAAGACAUUGUGAUCGGCAUCAUUAAAACUGUCGCUCAACAAAUCCACGGAACAGAGAUAGAGAUGAAGAUGAUCCAACCGAAAAGUGAGGAGUGCGACCACAUCAAGUUCCUCAUCGAGGAGAAGGAUUCAGAGGAGGAGGCGUUCUACGAGGACCUGGAUGGCUUUGAGGAGAACGGAACGCAGGAGACUCGGAUCAGUCCGUACACGUUUUGCAAGGCCUUCCCGUUCCACCUCAUGUUUGACAAGGACCUGAUGCUCACACAGUGUGGGAACGCCAUUUAUCGAGUCCUGCCACAGCUCCAGCCCGGUACCUGUAUCCUCCCUUCAGUUUUUUCUUUGGUCCGUCCUCACAUUGACUUCAGUUUUCACGGCAUCCUUUCCCACAUCAACACUGUCUUCGUUCUGCGAAGCAAGGAGGGCCUGCUGAAUGUGGAGACUGUAGAGAACGAGGAUGAGCUGACGGGGGUGGAGAUCAGCUGUCUGAGAUUGAAAGGACAGAUGAUUUACUUGCCAGAGGCGGAGAACAUCCUUUUUCUUUGCUCACCCAGUGUCAUGAACCUUGAUGAUCUUACGCGAAGGGGGCUAUACCUGAGUGACAUCCCGCUACAUGACGCAACGCGUGACCUGGUGCUGCUGGGUGAGCAGUUUCGUGAGGAGUACAAGCUGACCCAAGAGCUGGAAAUCUUGACAGAUCGUCUGCAGCACACACUCCGGGCCCUGGAGGAUGAGAAGAAGAAGACAGACAGAUUGCUCUACUCAGUUCUGCCGCCAUCUGUUGCCAACGAGCUGCGACACAAACGGCCCGUCCCGGCAAAACGCUACGACAACGUGACCAUCCUCUUUAGUGGCAUUGUAGGGUUUAAUGCCUUCUGCAGCAAGCACGCCUCGGCUGAGGGAGCCAUCAAAAUAGUCAACCUGCUCAACGAUGUUUACACACGUUUUGACAUCUUGACAGACUCUCGCAAGAACCCUUAUGUAUACAAGGUGGAAACAGUGGGUGAUAAGUACAUGACAGUGAGUGGCCUGCCAGAGCCUUGCACGCACCACGCCAAGUCAAUCUGCCACCUCGCUCUUGAUAUGAUGGAGAUUGCUGGACAAGUCAAAGUGGAUGAUGAACCAGUACAGAUUACAAUUGGGAUCCACACAGGAGAAGUGGUCACUGGGGUGAUUGGCCAGAGGAUGCCAAGAUAUUGCCUUUUUGGAAAUACAGUCAACCUCACAAGUCGUACAGAAACUACUGGUGAAAAGGGAAAAAUAAAUGUCUCUGAAUAUACUUAUCGGUGUUUGCAGUCUGCUGAGAACGCCGACCCUCAGUUUCAUUUGGAGUAUCGGGGCCCCAUCACCAUGAAAGGAAAGAAGGAGCCGAUGAAGGUGUGGUUUCUGUCCAGGAAGCCCACUGACACAGAGUCCUCCAUGGUUAAAACUUAACUAUUCAACACUAAAACAUCACGAGUGUCAUCUAAUGAAAGCUUCAGUUUGGUACCUUCAAGGGGAAUUUUGAGGCACAGAUGAGAUGGAUCAGAUGUAUAAAGAGUGAUAAUUUAUCCACAGACCUGCAGAUAUUUUAAUAUAAACCACAGUUUUUAAAAGUGAAUAUGAACCCGUUUCAUUUCUCUCCCUCCUUGUUUUCUGCUUGACAAUGAUCUGUCAUGACCUCACUAUAUUUUUUUAGCAUACACACAAUAUGCUUAGUGAUACAGUAUAUGGUAUAUUCAAGUUUGAUAGAGUUUUGGACAAAGUACACACAAGAUGUCAUAAGCAAACCAUUUUCCAUCUACCUUAAAUGUUUAUAGUUGCUAAUUUUGUCAUAUUCUGUAUUUGUUCUGAAGCCUGCCAAAAAUACAGAGAAUCUUUUGGCUUUACUCUGUCAGCCAAAAUAACUUAUUUCACUUUAGAUGAAAAAAAUACAGUAUUUUUUUAACCACUCUCAUUGUCACUUUCAGAAUGACAAUGAUAAAUACUUGAUUUAAAGUGAAAGAUUUGACUCACGAGUAUAAUACAGAUGUGCUCUGGCUUGCUUUAUACUAAAAAGAAAAAAAACACAAAUAAUUCAGCUAGGUAUCAUAUUAGUGCCAUUAUAUUACUGUCACUAUUUGAGGGGGGCAUUUUUGUUCAUUGGAUGUGAGAUAUACAAAGUUUUACACUGAACAUGUUGCACUGGCAUCAAGACCAUUCAAAGAAAUAAGAAAUUGUAUUGUAUUUAUAUAGAUUUAUAUCACCAUGUUCAUUAGUUAUUUGGCACAAAAGCUAUUGUUCUAACUUGAUUCAUGUUGAAAUUCAAAGAUGUAUUUCAUGUUUAAUUAAUGUUAUAAAGUUACAAAUGAUACAGUGUUGAGCCAUUAGUAGACAUGUACCAUCAUGUAGCUCUCACUAAAUCACAAAAUACUCCAAUAAGUAAAAAUGAGCACUAUACACUAUUUUAUUUAGUAUAUUUAUUGCACCUCUCAACUUAGCGCACAUUCACAUUUUGUCAGCUUGUGUGAAAUAAUAUUGAGCGCAAUUUUCAGUUCUACAGAACAUUAUUGAGAUAUUCUUAAAGAUCUACAUAUUUAUUGUUAACAUCAUGUUACUUUGUAUUUAUUCUUUCAUUUGUAAGAACUCAUUACUUUAAAUGUAGCGUUCACCUUUAGAAAAUAAAAAAUAUAGUACAUUUAAUUAUGGAUGAAACUACUGUAUGUGCCUCCAUCAUAUUUAUGAUUAAAGUAAAACUUUAUGUGCUUUAUGUGUUUGAUUAAUUUCACAUGCGUAUAUGUACUGUACUUUGUCUAAUUUUUCCAAAGUCAUUAUUAUGACACCUCACUGGAGGAAAUCCUCUUGUGCAAGACACAAACAGAUGCCUCUUUUACUGUUCGAGUGCGUUUCUGUGGUUGUAAGAUGUGAUAGUUUUAUUUUAAUAUUGUUUCUGUUGGGAGGUUAACUAAUAAAAAAUAGUCUUGAGAA